AUCGAGAGCGUAGGUAGAGUCCGAGUUGUUGUUGUCAGUCCGCGGAAGUCGCGUGAGAGCAACCAGAUAGAAGCCUUUAAAAUCGCGAUUGGUGUCGAUGAAUUCCAUUCAUUUGAGCAUCGCUGGAGGACGUGGAAUUUGAGCACGACGGCCUUCUGGUCGGUG